AUGGGCAAUCAACCUGGCAAGAACAAGCAAUACAGAAAGAAUGAAUUGAAGAAACUAGUGGAGAUCACUCACUUUGAUAUGGACGAGAUUAUGAAGCUCUAUGAGCAAUUCCUUUCCAUUUCUUCAUCCCGUGAAGAUGAUGGUGUGAUAGAUAAAAACGAAUUUAAGGAGGCUCUUGGUUUGAAGGAUUCCCUCUUCGUGGAUAGAAUGUUUUCAUUGUUUGAUGGUGAUAACGAUGGUACUAUUGAUGUGAGAGAAUUCAUUUGUGGAUUGUCUGUGUUUUGCGAAAAGGGAACUAUUGAUGAAAAACUAAAAUUCUCGUUCAGAAUUUACGACUUUGAUCAAGACGGAUGCAUUAGCAAGGAGGAACUUUACAAACUUUUGGAGGCUUCUCUCGUAGAAAACUCACUAGGUAUUCCGCAAGAGCAAUUAUCAUCACUGGUCGAUGCAACCUUUGCUGAAGCCGAUACUGAUGGAGACGGUAAAAUAUCUUUUGAGGAAUAUCGUGUUCUUGUAACAAAGCACCCAACUAUGAUCGGAAACAUGACAAUUAAUACUUCCAUUAAGAAGUAA